CGCGAGGCCGAAUGAAAGAGCCCAAGUGGAAUUGUCGAUGCCAACGAUCCAAGCUUAAUCAACUCAAUUCCGCUUCCCCUCCAGUUCUUUUUCAGGUUAGGGUCCUGUCGGGGCGAUCGGUCUCGUCGGGGCGAUCUCCGGAGGUUUUGUUCAGAAAAAGGAAUUUAUUAUAAAUAUGGGGCGCUUAAAGCUGCAGUCAGGAAUCAAGGCAAUUGAGGAAGAGCCUGAGGACUAUGAUUCUACAUCUAACAGAGGUGCGUUAGCAUGUAUGGUGAAUUCAGAAGUAGGUGCUGUGCUGGCUGUCAUGAGAAGAAAUGUAAGGUGGGGAGGUCGUUAUAUGGCGGGGGAUGAUCAGCUUGAGCACUCUCUUAUCCAGUCUUUGAAGACAUUAAGGAAGCAAAUUUUUUCAUGGCAACAUCAAUGGAAUACAAUGAAUCCAGCUGUCUAUCUCCAGCCUUUCUUGGAUGUGAUUCGAUCGGAUGAAACUGGUGCACCAAUUACUGGUGUUGCCUUGUCAUCCGUCUACAAAAUACUUACUCUUGAUGUAAUUGAUCUAAAUACCACAAAUGUUGAAGAUGCAAUGCAUUUGGUAGUUGAUGCUGUGACAAGCUGCAGAUUUGAGGUGACUGAUCCUGCCUCAGAAGAAGUGGUACUGAUGAAGAUACUUCAGGUUCUCCUGGCAUGCAUGAAAAGUAAGGCAUCGGUUGUGUUGAGUAAUCAGCAUGUCUGCACCAUAGUAAACACAUGUUUCCGUGUAGUUCAUCAAGCAGGAACUAAAGGUGAGUUGUUGCAGCGGAUAGCUCGGCACACAAUGCAUGAACUUGUUCGGUGUAUUUUCUUGCACCAGCCAGACAUUGACAAUACUGACCGCUCACUGUCUAGAGGCAUGUCUUCUGUCAAACAAGAGGUCUGUGGGCCAGAAAAGGAUCACAGUUUUGGGGUUAAACAACUAGAUAAUGGAAAUGGCAGUUCUGAAAGUGAUGGUCAACUUCCUUCUGUUGGUUUUGCUUCAAAUUCUUCCAUGGGUUUGGUUGGAACCUUGAUGGACGAAAAUACAAUUGGGGUUGUUAAUGGGAAGGAUGCUUCUCCAAAUGAUUUGAAUCUCAUGACAGAGCCAUAUGGAGUCCCUUGCAUGGUGGAGAUAUUUCACUUUUUGUGUUCCUUGUUAAAUAUUGCUGAGCAUAUUGGAAUGGGCCCUAGAUCAAAUUCCAUGGCUUUUGACGAAGAUGUACCUCUUUUUUCUUUAGGACUGAUAAAUUCGGCCAUUGAAUUGGGUGGACCCUCUAUCCGAAAACACCCUAAAUUAUUGUCCUUGAUACAGGAUGAAUUAUUCCGUAAUCUCAUGCAGUUUGGCUUGUCAAUGAGUCCAUUGAUUCUGUCAAUGGUAUGUAGUAUUGUUCUCAAUCUGUAUCUCCAUUUACGUAGUGAGUUGAAACUACAACUUGAGGCUUUCUUUUCUUGUGUGAUUUUGAGGCUAGCACAAAGCAGGCAUGGGGCUUCAUACCAACAGCAGGAAGUUGUCAUGGAGGCUCUUGUUGACUUCUGCAGGCAGAAGACAUUUAUGGCAGAGAUGUAUGCCAACUUUGAUUGUGACAUUACCUGCAGUAAUGUAUUUGAAGACCUUGCUAACCUAUUAUCAAGAAGUGCAUUUCCAGUGAAUUGCCCUUUGUCUGCGAUGCACAUCCUUGCUUUGGAUGGUCUGAUUGCUGUGAUUCAGGGAAUGGCUGAGAGGAUAGGAAAUGGGUCUCCUGUUGUACAGGCUUCAUCAGAACUUGAGGAAUAUACCCCAUUCUGGACUGUUAAGUGUGAGAACUAUGCAGAUCCUAAUCAUUGGGUUCCUUUUGUCCGGCGAAGAAAGUACAUAAAGAAAAGGUUGAUGAUGGGUGCUGAUCAUUUUAACCGGGAUCCAAAAAAGGGCCUAGAGUUUCUUCAAGGGACUCAUCUUUUGCCUGAUAAGCUUGAUCCCCAAAGUGUUGCUUGCUUUUUCAGGUAUACAGCUGGGCUAGAUAAGAAUCUUGUUGGGGAUUUCCUGGGAAAUCAUGAUGAGUUUUGUGUUCAGGUGCUUCAUGAAUUUGCUGGGACUUUUGAUUUCCAAGAUAUGAAUUUGGAUACUGCAUUGCGGCUGUUCUUAGAAACUUUUAGGUUGCCUGGAGAGUCGCAGAAAAUUCAGAGGGUGCUGGAGGCAUUCUCUGAGAGAUACUAUGAGCAAUCACCACAGAUUUUAGCCAACAAAGAUGCUGCUCUGCUGUUGUCUUAUUCUCUUAUAAUGCUGAACACAGAUCAGCAUAAUGUACAGGUUAAGAAGAAGAUGACUGAAGAGGAUUUCAUCCGAAACAAUCGGCAUAUUAAUGGUGGAAAUGAUCUCCCUCGAGAAUUCCUAUCGGAGCUGUACCACUCAAUUUGCAAGAAUGAGAUCCGGACAACCCCGGAACAAGGUGCAGGUUUCCCUGAGAUGACACCUAGCCGAUGGGUUGAUCUAAUGCGAAAAUCCAGCAAGACUUCUCCAUUCAUCAUGUGUGAUUCUAGAGCCUUCCUGGACCAUGAUAUGUUUGCGAUUAUGUCAGGUCCAACAAUUGCUGCUAUCUCAGUGGUGUUUGAUCACGCAGAGCAUGAAGAAGUCUUCCAAACAUGUGUGGAUGGUUUUUUGGCUGUUGCAAAGAUUUCAGCAUGCCAUCAUUUGGAAGAUGUAUUGGAUGAUCUUGUUGUGUCUCUUUGUAAGUUCACAACCCUCCUAAACCCAUCUUCUGUUGAAGAACCUGUUCUAGCCUUUGGUGAUGACACAAAAGCUAGGAUGGCAACUGUAACGGUUUUCACUAUAGCAAAUAGGUAUGGUGAUUAUAUUCGCACUGGAUGGAGAAAUAUCUUGGACUGCAUCCUAAGGUUACACAAACUUGGUCUUCUUCCGGCUCGUGUAGCCAGUGAUGCUGCUGAUGAUUUGGAACUCUGCUCUGAUCCUAGCCAAGGGAAACCUGUUACAAGUUCCUUAUCUGCAUCUCAGAUGCCUUCCAUGGGUACUCCUCGGAGAUCAUCGGGGCUGAUGGGCCGGUUCAGCCAGCUUCUCUCUCUUGACACAGAAGAGCCAAGGUCAAAACCUACUGAACAGCAACUUGAAGCUCAUCAACGGACUCUUCAGACAAUCCAGAAAUGCCAUAUUGAUAGCAUAUUUACAGAGAGCAAAUUUCUUCAAGCUGAUUCACUGUCUUAUCUUGCUCGAGCUCUCAUCUGGGCUGCAGGGCGACCUCAGAAGGGAAACAACUCUCCUGAGGAUGAAGAUACUGCGGUAUUUUGUUUGGAGUUGCUGAUAGCAAUAACUUUGAACAACCGUGACCGAAUCAUUCUCCUCUGGCAGCUUGUGUAUGAGCACAUAUCCAACAUUGUUCAGUCGACUAUGAUGCCUAGUGCGCUGGUGGAGAAGGCUGUGUUUGGACUCCUGCGGAUAUGCCAGCGGUUACUUCCAUAUAAAGAGAACUUGGCUGAUGAACUUCUUAGGUCACUGCAACUAGUGUUGAAGCUUGAUGCCCGGGUGGCUGAUGCAUAUUGUGAACAAAUAACACAAGAAGUCAUGCGCCUUGUAAAAGCAAAUGCUACUCACAUUAGAUCUCAAAUUGGAUGGCGGACUAUCACUUCCCUUCUUUCCAUCACAGCUCGUCAUCCAGAUGCCUCAGAAGCAGGAUUUGAAGCACUAAUAUUUAUCAUGUAUGAUGGUGCCCAUCUCUCACCAGCAAAUUACAUUCUCUGUAUUGAUGCAUCAAGACAGUUUGCUGAAUCUCGAGUAGGGCAGGCAGAGCGAUCUAUCCGUGCAUUGGAUCUGAUGGCAGGCUCCUUUGCCUGUCUUGCACAGUGGUCACGUGAGACUAAGGAGACUGCAGGGGAGGGAGCUGCUAAAUUGUUUCAUGAUAUAGGGGAGAUGUGGCUGAGGUUGGUGCAAGGACUGAGAAAGGUGUGUUUGGAUCCCAGGGAAGAGGUCCGGAACCAUGCCAUAUUAUCAUUGCAGAGAUGCUUGACAGGGGUGGAGGGGUUAUCCCUUUCACUUUCUUUGUGGUCUCAGUGUUUUGAUUUGGUCAUCUUCACUAUGCUUGAUGACUUGCUAGAGAUUGCACAGGGGCAUUCCCCAAAGGAUUAUCGAAACAUGGAAGGCACCCUUAUCCUUGCAAUGAAGCUCUUGGCAAAAGUGUUCUUACAACUACUGCAUGACCUCUCACAGGAUAAAACAUUUUGCAAACUAUGGCUAGGGGUUCUUAACCAUAUGGAGAAAUACAUGAAGGCUAAAGUCAGGGGGAAGAGGAGUGAGAAGCUUCAGGAACUAGUCCCUGAGCUCCUUAAGAAUGUUCUGCUUGUUAUGAAGACAAAGGAGAUUCUUGUGCACAGAAGUGCUUUAGGUGGGGAUGGCUUGUGGGAACUAACAUGGUUAAAUGUAAACAAGAUUGCUCCUUCUUUGCAAUCUGAAGUGUUUCCUGGCCAAGAGCUGGAGCAGGUGCGUCAUAAGCAUAAUGAUGCUGGGGGGAGUACGGCCUCUGAUGGGACUGGAUUCAUUCCAUCAAGUGAGGCAUUGACAACUUCUGAAAGUACAAGGACAGGAGGAUAAUAUGUUUUACCAUUUUAAGAUGGCCUUAUUAAUGUGCCUUGUAAAAUGCCCAAAACCAAAAGAAGCACUAAUUGCUAUUGUAGGGUGUGUUCUAUAUUUGGGUGUUGAAAUUUACAGGUGAGAAUUGCUCUUCAAAAUACUUCAAGUUUACAGAUCAAUGGUAGCUGUGGGAGGCAUACUGGAACAGAGAAAUGAAUUGUGGUAGAGGGUUUAUUUGGACAAAUUGGAUUGUGUUAUACUGGUAAUAUGUACAUCUUCUUGUGCUGGCACUUGUUCAUUUCUUGAUAUUUUGAUCUCAAUGAAAGCAUGGUGCACAGUACCUUCCAUUUUUGAGAUAUGCCUCUGAAGAUAGUUAUUUGACGAUGGUUUGGUUCUUUUGGUUUUGAAAAUUUUGUAUCAGGAGAAUGUGGUAGACUUUUUAAAAAAUCUGAAAGAUGUCGAAUUCAUCCUGUUUGUUCAUGGGUUUUUGUAACUAACAACUUGAGUUCUGUAUUAUUUUUGGUCAUGUCUGUAGAAACAUAACAUUCUAGUUAUUUGCUCUGUAACUCAUGUUAUUGAAGUGUUCUAACUCAGCUUGAGACUCUUGAAGUUA